AUCUUCACAAAAUUACGCCAAACAUGGCGAAAAACGUUGAUUUACUAAACAUCGAUGUUGAUCAACUGUUUAAGCAACAUAAUGUAGCUGAAAUCGACCUCGUACAUAAGCGGUUGCUCAACGAGAUUGAGCUGAAGCGUGAAGAACUUCGAACGAUGGUUGGCGAACGGUACCGUGAUUUACUAAAGGCAGCCGAUACGAUCGGUGAAAUGAAACACACGGCCGGCUCCAUCAUCGGCAAUAUCGAUCGCAUUACGGUACGCUGCCAGCAGCUGAACGAGCACAAUUUGAUCGGCUUUCGCACCGGCACCGACUACCAGCGGAUGCAGAAGAAGCACCGUGACCACAACUUCCACGGUGUAAUCGUACAGAUCAAACUGCUCACCAGCUUGCCUGAGAUGAUCUGGAGCAGUAUCGAUCGGGAGGAUUAUUUCGUUGCUACGCAACUGUUCAUCUUUGCCCGUCACAUCUCAACGGGCCUUAGCUUGGACACGGAACGGGACACGAUGCGCAAGUUCCCGGUGGCCGCCAAACAGUGGCAAGUGUUGAGUCAGUUUUUCUUCACAAUCGAAGCUGCCUGCCGGGAGUCGCUCGGUCGGGAAGAACUUUCCGUAGCAGUCGCUUCCAAGAGCUUAGCCAGUUGGCUACUGUUGGAAUCGUGUCCGGUAGAGCAAACACUGUCCAUGUUUACGGAACGACGCUCGAAAGCGUACCUCGAUGUGCUGGACGAAAGCGAAACCGUGUACGAGAAGGUGAAGGAUAAAUUGCUCGCCAGCCUGAAGGUACUGAUCGGUACGGUGCGAUUGUUUUACGAAUGCUUCCUCGACGAUGGAACGGACAAUGAUCGGGUUGGUGGGUUUCAGCGCGAGCUUCAGCACAUUACCGGCGACAAGGCGGCUCCGACGAUGGGACUGAUCCGAUCGGAAGAUCCGAUGAUAAUGCAAAUGGUGCCGGAAAUGAUUGCCAAGUUUCGGCCACGAUUGGAACGCAUUACCUUGGAGGAGGAGAAAAUUCGUGCCGCCGUUAGUGCAUUUCUGAGUAGUAUCGAAACAGCCGUCGCCGGACGCUUGAAACGUUUGGUCAGUUUGGUGCCAUCGAUAAAAACACUGCACGACAUAAAGAUGCAAGCGAUCGCGCUUGAAAAACCUUCCAACUGGGGAACCAUUACCGGGCGAUUGGGUCUGCCGGAGGGGACGGAUUUCUAUGCCACCUUCUACCAGCGGCUUAUAAACGAACGCAUGCAAAGCAUCAUCAAGUCGGCCUGGAUCGAAACGGUUCAACAGACGCGCGUGGAUGUGUUGAAUUUGUUGAACCAAAAGCCGAUCGAUUUGAAGGUAUUCGUGUGGAAGGAAACGCUAGAUGAUGUUCCGAUGAAUCUGAAAACAGCUCUGGACCGUUCGGUUCCUUCCAGCCGGAAAUUGCUGAUGAAAGCUAGAGGAUACACGUCGUUCUUGGUUGGACUUACCGAUUCACUUAACGGACGGCUGCAAACGUUAACGCGUGACGUUGGAUCUUUUCUUUCGUCCUCAAGUCGGGUCGAAAUUGAAGAAAUGCUCACCUACUUUCGCCAGUGCUGCGUAGAAGGAGUUGCUGAACUGAUAACGGCCAUAAAAUCGGCCGAGUUUGAACCGACCGUAGAACGGUACGCAAUGUUGGCGAGAUUUUUAACAGCCGUACGAGAACUGUGUCCAGCACUGAGGGAAUGUUUUAUACCGACAACGAUCGGCGCCUUGUCCGAGAGCUGGUCUACUACGGGAAGGAAGUCUUCGUCCACUAUGGCUGUUUCGGAGGAGGAUCCGGAACGAUGGUCGAAAGUGGCCGGACUGCUCGAGGACGAAAGUCUUCAAUGCUGGACACUAUGGGUGGAAAGAUUCCAACAACUUUGGCCAUCGCUACCGGUAGCCGUGGGGUACAGCACUCUCCUGAACGAUUUUCCCGUCUGGGAGACAGUUACCAUCGAGGAGAACGAUGAAAACAACCAAUCAAUCCAAUCGACGAUCCGUGUUCCGUCGCAACCAAGCUUUCCGGUACAGAAAUGUCUACAUCACGUCCACGAACUGCUGAACGAUGCCAUCCCACAGACCAUUCCACGUCCAACCAUGCUGCUGAUCGUCGAACGGCUGGCGAGUUUACUGCUAACCCAUUACACCGCUUUAGCUGACGACGGGUUCGUAAAGCAGAAUCAAACCGUAGCCUUACAGUUCUAUCUCGAUGUACGAUUCCUUCAGCUCAUGCUUAUCGGACGCGAACAGAAGCAGCUAAACGAGAGCUUCAAUGAACUAAUUGGACGCUUAAAAUCCUAUAUCGAUCCGUUCGAUUUUGACGUAUUUUACACGCAUCUGAAUGCGAACGUUAAGCGAUCCGUAGUUAAAUUGCAACACUUUCUUGGCGCACUCAUAUGUCACAGUGAGCAGCUGUCUACGAUGGUGGGCAGUGAAGCUGGAACGGAUUUGUCGUCCAGUUCAGCAGCAGUGCUGGAUAAAAACCCGAACAUUCUUGCACUUAGUUGCAACAGUCUGAACAUGGUGUGGUUCCCGCUGCUACCGGUCGUCAGUAAGGAACCGGCUCCAAUGACGGCAGUGGACACGGUUGGGCUUAGCAGCUCUUCACAGCAAAACGAAACGUUCUCGACUAAGGAUUCGAGAAAAACAACAACCGGUGAUGGUGAAACGGGAAAAGCCAACGUUACCAUUGGCACAUCGAAACAGUCCACCACGAAAGAGAUCACACCAGCUGCUACGGCACAGAAUUACGCCAAAGGAGCUGCCGCUUUCUUCGGUUUGGAUAAGGAUUGGUUCCGAUAA